AUGGCGGCUGAGAUUACAAACCAGUGUGCCAACUUAACGCUAGCAGAUGUGGAGGAUGACGAUGUGGCCAUGCAAGUGCCCAAUGUGCCAAAGAAUCAACCUGAUUCUGAGGAGGGGUACUAUGUCGUAGGAAGAUUGGUUACUCAGAAGCCGAUUAGGUUUCCAUUUUUCCAGGAUACCAUGGCUGCGGUAUGGCGGCCGGCAAUGGGGGUGAACACCCGACAAUUGGAGUCCCGUAGAUACCUCUUUCGGUUCUACCAUGAAGCUGAUGUUGAACGCGUAAUUAACGUAGGGCCCUGGACAUAUGAGCAGAGUUUGUUGAUCAUGAAGCGACUCGAUCUAGGGGAGGACCCAUAUGCAAUGGCGUUGGAUCAGGCUGAGUUCUGGGUGCAGGUUCAUUCAUUACCCGCGGGUUUCCGUUCUGAGAUUGUGGUAAAGGCCAUUGGUUCCUUCUUGGGAACCUUGAUACAUGUGGAUGAUCGCAAUUUUGAUGGCUCGAUGCGCCUAUUCUAUAGGGUGCGAGUUGCGAUAGAUGUUGCCAAGCCGUUGAAGAAGCAGAUGAAAUUGAAGAAGGAUAAUGGUUCUUGGGUGUAUGUAGAUUUCCGGUAUGAGCGCCUGCCGACAUUCUGUUUCCUUUGUGGGGUAAUUGGUCACGGGGAGAAGUUCUGCUCAAAGAUUGUUCAUGGGGCAGAUUUGAAAGCAGAAAAGCCCUAUGGUGUGUGGAUGAGGGCGGGUUCGCGAAAGGGUGUUCCAAACUCGAGACAGCAAUGGAUUCCCUCGGAAACAACAAUUGAGCGAAGGAACUGGAGGUCCCCGACGAUGGAGGCUGAUGCUAUAUUGGCCACUGCCGAACCUGAGGGGAAUGGGAAGGGGUCUGAGGAUGAUGGUGUUCCGAGCGCAAGAAUUUCGGAACAGAAGAGGAGAAGGACGACUGAUAUUGAGAGUGAGCUGAUGGAGGUUGAAGCUGGGGUAUCAAAAACGGGGAAGCGGCGGGACUUGCGGAGCAAGCCCACCCAGACUUAUGAGUUUAUUAUCAUGGAAUUGUCGGGGGCUUGGCAACUCGACGACAGUUCGUGUUCUGGCGGACUUGGUUCGCUCAAAGAGGCCAAGGGUACUUUUUCUUAUGGAAACCUUUGUUGA